CCGGUUACAAAAGGAAAAUGAAAGGACCGACCGUACGACACCAUGGCAGGUCGUUUCCCAUGGCAGUUGAUAAGCAUUCACUGUGCUUUCUCUCUCCCCCUUUCCCAUUUUUCGAUUCAAACUUUUCUUUUCUCUCGAAAACCUCUGCAUUUACAGUUUCUCUCUUUGCUCAACUAAUAGGCGUUUUUCUUUCCCCCUCUUUUUAUUUUUCUUAUAAAGAAAUGCUUACAAACCCAAUUUUCUGAACCCGAAAUCCAGUAUCCCCGACCCGUAAAACACAUUCAUUGUAUUGUACUGUGUUUUUCUUCUUUCUUUUGAAUCGUUUUGCAUUUUUAUCGUGUUCUUCAGGUACCAUCGGAAUUUUUUUCCUUCUAAAAUUGGGGUUUCUUUUAUUCUAUGCAAGAUUCUUUUAUAAAAUAGCCUUUUAGGCUUUAUGUUUGAAUGGAUUGUAUACCAAAUAGUUUCUUAAUUCUCACUUGGGUUUUAGCUGUUUUGUUUAUUGAAUUUGAGCAUAACGUUGAAAGUGACUAAUAGCGUUCUUUUUCUUUUUAAAUGCCAAAAUUCUGACCUUUUUCAACUUUUGUUUUACUAAAGUUUCCUCGAAGAAAAUGCGGCCAAGAGAAUCUUACAGCUUCUUCUGUUCUAUCUAUCUCUUUUCUUCUUAGAUUAAUGGAGGGUUUUAGAAUGUAACCAGUUUUUAUUUAUUUUUCUGAUGCUUCCCUUAAAUGGUUCAUGAGUGUUUUAUUUUUUUAUUUAUAAGUUUUUGUUCUAUAGUUAAAAUUUCUAAGCAACCAAACAUACUUGUCUUCAUUGGUCUACUUUUUCUUGGCUAUUGAUAUCUACAAUCCAGCUUUUUAAAAAGUUUUUUUUUCCCACCAUGGGUGAUAUGAACGGAAGCUUAAUGAUGAGAUAGCAGUAGCAUCGUCUUCUUUUUCGUGGGAGUUCAUUUAUUAAGAUCAAUUAAAGUCUCGCGAAUCAGUGAUCGGUUUCUCUGAAGACAAAACCCGCAUUCAUUUCUUCCUCUAAAUAUUCGUAAUCAUAACCUAAGGCUCAGAAUCUUCCAUUAAUAAAACGAAAACAAACGUGGAAACUGAUGGAGCUGAUGGGGUUUUUGAUUAGCUAAAGUCAGCUGCUUAUUCCCCUAAGUUAGCUUUGUCUCGACAAUUGUUAACAAAAAUGUUGGAGCAUGAACUGUGUUCUUCUCGGGUUCUGUCGCCGUUCAGGGAAGAAAGCGGCGAUGAAGAGCUUUCGGUUCUUCCGAGACACACAAAAGUUAUUGUCACGGGAAAUAAUAGAACAAAAUCUGUAUUGGUUGGCUUGCAAGGCGUGGUCAAGAAAGCUGUGGGCCUAGGUGGUUGGCACUGGCUGGUUUUGAAGAAUGGGGUUGAAGUUAAGCUUCAGAGGAAUGCAUUGAGUGUGUUGGAACAUCCUACGGGGAAUGAAGUAGGUGAUGAUCAUGAUUUUGAUAACUCGAGCAGUGGAUCGGACAUUGGCGAGAAGGACCGCAAUUUCCCUAGUAACAUUGAGUUCCACAGGCCUGCCAAACCCAGAGUUCGAAAUACAAAACCAUGGCUGCCAUCUGCAUCCAUGAAAUCAACGAAUCGUACAGGUUACAGAGAUGUUCAAUCCAUUAUUCAUGCAACACAAUCGGUAAAUUUGGCAAGACUCGACACUGACUCCUUGCGAAGAUAUUGCAGGCACUUCAAACUUGGAAGCAUCAGUGGUUAUUCACCAAGGGAACAAAUACUUAAUACGGUGCAGCGGCAUUUUGUGUCACAGCCACCGCUAAAUGAGGUUAAGGUGAUCUCGGAAUUCGUCACUGCUGCUAAGAGACUGAAAACCGAUGACGCGCAGAGUGAGCAACCAUGAAUGUUUUCAUCAAUGUAUGUAGGACAUACAUAUUUUAGCUCUAACCUUAGAUUAGAAAAAAGACUAAUUCGGCAAGAGUUGUCGAUUGACCGACCGGAUAUCUCCCCGGUUUUCUAACUUUGUAAUAUAGGGCUUAUGCCCUUUGUUAGUUUCCAGUAUAUCUACCAUUCCCAUUAGUUCAUAUAUCCUUAUAUAACCUAUCCUUUAAUGAACUACACUAAAACAAUUGCUGCUGAAAA